AUCUGACAGUUUUAACACUUUGCAUCACUCCUUUCAAGUAUUUACUUAUACGUUGUUUUUGUUUGAUUAAGUGCUUUGAAAACCAACGGUAUUGGUCUGUCACUGUCCUCAUAGCUGUGGAUAAAAUCUGUAUCUGUGCAAUGCUGCCCUUGUGUGGUCCUCUCGAGCUCCUGCUUCCAAUGUAGGCGUGGAUGACGACAUUAAUAUAAUUCAUUUACUAUAAUUACUGUCAUUUCUGUGGUAACAUAUUUAUUAUAUCAACAAUUCAUAGAUAAUACAAGAUAAUACAGUAUCUCAGUAAGUAGUAGUCCCAAUUCUUCAUACUGACGACGUGUCUUGGCAGGAGCAGUGCUGCCAUCAAUGGACAGGGAGAAGUUGUGGUGGGGUUUGUUUAGUGAUUUGGGUCUGAUGAGGAUUUCAUAUUUGUUGCCGUUGAGGUUUGCUUUGCAUCCAGGUUUUUAUACAUCUGGGCCAGUUGGCUUUCUGUGCUGUGAUGAGAUCGGAAACCGGAUUGAAAUGGUUCGUACAGCUGCUGUCAGUCCAGGUGAGUUUUUAGUGGGUGGGCGUUUCAGUAUUUUAAUCAGAAAUGCGAGGUUGGAGAUGGGUCUGUAAUUGUCGUGGAUGUUGGGGUUAAGGUUUGUUUUAUGAAUGGGUGUGACUGAGGGUUAGUUUGGGAGUGCGAGAGACGGAGCAGGUCCACAAGGAGGAGUUGAUGACACAGAGGAGGCGCGGAAUGAAAGUAUAUGUUGAGGUAAGCAGGCAGGUUUGACUGGUGCAUCCUGACAGACAGAAAGGAUAGACGUGUUUAUACUCGUUUACGGCUUUUGUCAUCCACUUUCUUGGAUUACUUGAGCAAUGGAUACCGUCCCAGCCGUUGAUCACAGACCAAUGCUCACCCUGCAGCAAGCAACACAACUGACAGUACGACUUUAUGGGGUGACUUUAACGGAGAUCUCUACCCUGCCAAGUUACAACGACCAGAACUUCUUCCUAGUUACCAAGGAGGAUAACAAGUAUGUCCUGAAGAUCAUGAACUCAAAAGAAAGUAUGAAUCCCACCCGGAUGGAGGUGCAGACCCUGGCCAUGUCCUUCUUACACCAACGUGGAGUUCCUUCUCAGAUAGUCGUGCCCACCACCACCGGGAAGCUCAUGAGUAUGGAGGAAAUAGACUGUGGACAGGGUGCUCAGACCUACUGUGUGAGGCUGAUGACGUAUCUCCCUGGAAAAACUGUUGCAGAAUCUCCAGUAACCGUGCAAGAUCUUUAUCAGAUCGGGAAGUUGGCUGCAGUCAUCGAUACGACAUUGAAACAACUGGUUUCUCCAAACUUGGAUGUCUUACAAAGUAAUGAGGAGAUGUGGAGUUUAUCCAACAUUCCUCUCAUAGACGACUACUUGUCAGUGAUGGAUGGAGACCCCCUGCAGAAAGUGAUCAAAGCGGUUGUUAAACAGUAUAAGUCACUGGUGGCGCCCAGAAUUGUCUCUCUCCGUAAAGGAAUAAUACACGGAGACAUAAAUGACCAGAACAUCAUUGUCACACCUUCAGCCAACGGGAGGCAUGAGGUGUCGGGCGUGCUGGACUUUUCUCUGCUCAUGAUUGAUUGCUAUGUAUUUGAAGUGGCCGUAACAAUUGCGUACAUGAUGAUGGAGAACCCCAGUCCUUUGGACGUAGGCGGAGCGGUGUUGGCUGGCUGGGAGAGCGUCAUGGUGCUCAGCGAGGAGGAGAAGGAUUCCCUCUUCCUGCUGGUGCUCGGCCGCUUGUGCCAGUCUCUGGUGUACGGCCGGUACAAUGUCACAAAGUACCCAGACAACAAGGAAUAUCUCCUGACCACGGCCAAAAGUGGGACUUUGCUUCUUACCAAACUGUGGGAGAUGGGGAAGAAAAACGUGGAAAGAAAAUGGUUCACAGAUGCCGCCAUGUUCAUAGACAAAUGAAUUAGAAGUGUAUCAGUUGAUGAGCAUAAAGAUUUGCAUUGGCAGAAAACAUCCAAAGUGUAGCAUUUUUUUAAAUUCAACAUAUUUAACACUUUAUACAGCUGUUUGUACCACUUCCUCAACAUUUACCCAUAAAUUGAAAUACAUGGCUUUCUUCAUUAAAGUUUUCUUUGAUUUAA